AUGCUCUACGUCCGCACAGUUCUCUGCCUCCUGGCGGCCCUGGCGGCCUGUGGCGCCGUCGCCUUCCUCGGCUACUGCGUCUACUUCGACCGGAAGCGGCGUGGCGACCCCAAGGCGGGAAAGGCGGCGGACGCGCUGACCGGGCCGGUGGCGGAGGGGCUGACUGGGCCCACGGAGCGAGGCUGGGCCGCGGGCGCCGCCGCCGCCGCCGAAAGGCCCGCGGGACGGAAGGCGGGGUGGGGACGGCCCCCUACAAGCACGUGCCACGUUUUGUUUGCAGAAAGAAGAGCCCAGCAGCAAAAGGCUGAGGGACGGGGCGCCCAGGGGAAGUACUUUAGCGACGCCGAGUUGUGGGAUCCAGCAAAGAAUGAAAAAUUACAACUUUUUCUGCAAGAAGUACGAAUGGGAGAACUUUGGUUAUCCAGAGGGGAGCAUUGAAUGGGGCUUGAACAUCUCAGCAAUGCCCUUUUGGUGUGUGGGCAACCACAGGAACUUCUGAAAGUUUUCAAACACACACUUCCUCCCAAGGUAUUUGAGAUGCUAUUGUGCAAAAUUCCCCUCAUUUGCCAGCAAUUUGAGGCAGACAUGAAUGAACAGGAAUACUUGGAGGAUGAUCUUGAUUGA